UCUCUUUCAGUUGGCCUUCUUUGACAUUCCUCUGGCUGGGGAAGUUGGGGAUGUUACCUCAUUACUGCCAGGUGGAGGUAGAAGUGUCAGCUCCCCACCAGGUCUCUGUUGACACCUGAGGGGCCUAGUCAGCCCUGGGCAGAAGUGGCAUCCCCUCUCCUUAUCUGUUUCUGCCAGCACAGUGCUGGUUUGUUCUUGGUAUGGUGAGAGUCUUCACCCUCCACUAGACCUCUUCUGACAGCACAUCAGCUGGAGAAAGAAGGGGAACCUCUUUCUUGCUGGGUAGUGGCAGGAUGCAGGCUCCCAGUGUGGUCUGCACUGCCUUAGUGGCAGCGGGUUGGGUGGGGAUGAAGCCUCAGCUCCCUAUUUGGUCUUCUCUGAAGCCCCUAAGCAGAGGUAUUGGGGUCCUUCUUACAGUCUUUCAAGAAUGGACUUUAGGACGAUGUAAAUGGGGUUAGGGCGUCAGUUUUUCUGUGGUAUUUGGCUAGAGUAGAGCAGUUAUUGUCUAAGUGUUUUCUCUCUUACUGGGCUGCCCCUUUUCUAGUCCUUUGGCCAGAGAAAGCAGUCUUUUGUCUCUUCUCUUUUGAUCUGCGCAUACGGGCAUUUCUGGGUUGCUGGUUCCUCAGUUUCAUGCCAUGGAUAUAGGAAGGGAAAAGAAAACCCAGGGAACCCACCACCAUGUUUUCCCUUGGGAAACAUUUGUUUUUUAGAAAAUGACCUGGGCUUUCAGUAGCGCUUUGUGGGAGGAUUAGGGGAAAGGAUGUUUACUCCAUCUUAUUGGAAGCAGGAUUCUUCUAAGCUAUUUUUAACUGGUUAAGACUUCAUGUAUUUAACGGUCUUGUCUAGUAAAAUUUCUACUAUAUGGUAUUGGGUUAAAAUAAUGUAUUUCAUAGCUAAACUAACAUAAGAUCAAUAAUUAUUUUCUAAAGGACAACAGAUGAGGAUGACUUUGCCUGAUAUAAGAGGGUAAGCCUUUUAAAUUUAGUUCUGCGUUCUGUGCCUAGGUUGGGGCAAACACCAUGGAUAAUCCUUUGUUGAAGUACAGUGCAAAGGAUUACUUCUUCAAAGCUGCCCUCUGCCACUUCAUAGUAGACGAGUUGAAUGCCAAGCUUGCUCUUGAGAAAUAUGAGGAAAUGUUUCCAGCGUUUACUGAUUCAAGAGAAUGUAAAUUAUUGAAAAAACUCCUAGAAGCUCAUGAAGAACAGAACAGUGAAGCUUACACUGAAGCAGUGAAGGAAUUUGACUCAAUAUCUCGUUUGGAUCAGUGGCUG